ACACAGAGGCCGAUCCUGACUCAGUGGGAUUUGGGACCGUCCCGAGUCGAACACCGUCAUCUGACUAGGGACGACCUCCUUGUCCCUCUGAGUCGGGACCGGCAUCUGACUCUGGACUUCCUCCAAGUCCCUUUGAGUUGGGACCGGCCUCCGACUCGGAACAGCCUCUUGAGUCGGAACUGCCUGGAUCAAGAGCUUGUAGAAAGUACAGAGUGCAUUUCUUGGACCUCCAACAAAAUUAAUCCUCCAUUAAGUGGCAAGUGUUGUCUGAUUUUUAUUCAGUAAAUCGCUGUCCCGCCUUCUCACAGAUGUUCUCCAUUCAGCUAAUUAACUGAAAGAUAUCAAAGUGGUCUGUGCGAAAAACUCUGUGCGGGUGACAUGGAGGGUGGCCCCCCAGUUCGUCCCGUACGCAGCUCGAUUCUUCCUCGGAAGCUGCAUGCCGUCGUCGUGGAAAGUUCUGCCCACCGGAGAGGGGGAAGCACAUUUCAACUACAAGUUCUAUGACUGCAAGUUUACCAAGCAGCUGAAGGGAAAACACAUAAUUUAUCAGAACGAGCUGAGCUUCAGGCCACAAGCGAAACCGAAGCCUGUCGCCUUUAAAUAUCCCAUCCAAUGUGUCGAGAAACGACCUGAAGGAAGAAUCCCCCACUUCCUGAAUCCUGGCUCAGGUGUCUCUGAGGGCCGCAGUAAGCUCGUCUUUCAUAUGGCUCUCCUGAAUGAGGAAUUGACGGGCGUCUCAAAGACGAAUGUGAUUCCCCUCGGCUCAUUCUUACCAAUCUGGGCAGCUGUGGAGCAGAGGUCCCAUCAACCGCUGCUGCUGCUCAUGGAUGAGUGCGUUGCAGCCUCAACCCCAAAGCUGGAACCUGGCAACCAACUUUAUCCCAUUGUUGGCAAUCAUGGGUGUCUGCUAGAAAGUAAAAGGGGAAGCUCACUGUUCCUUCCUCGUUACCAUUCAUCAGCCAUAAUUCUCUAUCUCCAGUCAUUCAAGUUUGGGAUGGGAGGAGAGGUAUACAUUCACUGCAAUCUAAUCGUGUGGGAUGGGGAUUAUUUUGAUAAACGAAGGAAGGCUUGCCAUGUGAAAGAUGGGAGCUGGGAGCUGCUUGAUGACCCGGCUCGGAGCUCUCUGUGCAACUGCUGUGAUAACUCUUGUAGUCCUCGCACCAAAAGGGCAACAAGCUGGGAGCCCCACAGCAUGGCCUUCAAUUCUGUGUUGGGACCCAUCAUCAUAGUCGACCAACCGGCCUCUAUGGUAAAACCCUCACUGCCUGAGACUGACGCAGGAAAUUUAAGUUGAAGCUGAACUCCAAGGUGCAGCAUGUGGCAUUCAUGAUUUACAAGACUCUGGACACCAGUAUUGCUUUUUUAUUUUGAGAACCUGAAAUUGCCUGAUUUGAUGCUGUUGUAUUUGAAAGGGGUGUUGUGAAAUAAACCCUGCACUAAUUUUGA